AAUAAAUGCAUGCUUGUUACCCAAAAAAAUCAUGCAUGCUACCGAUACAUAAAGGUAAAAAAUAUCUUUCUAAAAAAUUUGAUUCCCUUUUGAUAGACAUAAAGCCGAUACAAUCGGUCCAUUCACUUCUCUAUUUAACACUAUAUUUACUUUAAAAUACUAGGGUUUUUUACUUCACCACACACCUCUAUCGGCCUCUUCACUUUUACCCACCGAGAGAGAGAGUUCAAAAUAUUGAAGCACCCUCGGACUCAUCCAUGGCAUCUUCUUCACAGGUGAAUGUCCCAUAUCUUCGUCGCGACACUAUAGACCAGACGGAGGUUGCUAUCAGCACCUACUAUAGGGAUUCACAUUUUCCGGAGCUGGUUGAAACUUUAAAUGUGGUCGGCGAACAGUGCAAUUCAGAUUUAUUGGGAAGAUUUAGAGCAUCAUGUUUUGGGCAUUUCACUGAUUGGAGGCCCGGCCCGAAGAGCAAUAAAGCAUUACACCAGAUUGUCUCGAGGCAGAUUGUGUCAGAAGACGAUGAGAUGUGCUUCUUUCUGUGCGGAGCACGAGUCAGAUUUUCCCCUGCGGACUACGCAUUAGUGACUGGGCUCAAUUUCGGGGGAUCGAGGUUCGAUGCGACAUUACAGCACGACUGCAGUCGCGUGGAGGCAUACCGACGAUUCUGCGGUACGCGAAGCAUGACCAUACAGUCGCUCAUCAAACGCGUGUGCGAUUUGGAUCGUCGAGUGGAUGAUGGGGAUGGGAGCCUGUACCUUCGUGCUGUCCUCGUGUGUGUGGCUCACACCCUUGUUCUUGGGUUGGAUGCACGGGUACAGCCGUGGCUUUGGGUUUUGGUGGAUGAUCUGGCUACAUUUGAUAGAUUCCCCUGGGGCGCGUAUUCGUAUAAAAUGUUAUGCCAUUAUAUGCAUGAGAUAGGAACCAGCGAGAAGUAUCACUUCUACGGUCCUUCGUGGACUUUAUAUGUCUGGGCAUUGGAGCGCGUCCCGGGUUUCGGACACAUGGUCGCAGCAUCUAGCGGUAAUCCGACAGCGCACCCUCGGUGUUUGAGAUGGACUUUCAGGGGUAAGCCCCGGCUUCACGGUCUGCGCGAUCUAUUCGAGGGACAGCUUGGUUUGGGUGAGGAAGGUGAUGCGAACCCUGGAUUAAUUUUUGAUUCAAGCCUUUUUUGGGCUUUGGCUGAAAAUCGAAGGCUAGCUUUGAUGGGCGCCGAAGCUCGCCUGUCGUUGAUUCACCUGUGA